GGAUACAUGUGACAUAAUCGAAUGGAUCAGUGUUUUUGUUAAAAUAUUCGGAACCGCGUUCGAUUGUAGUUUUUUGAUUAGUCGUUUAUCCGGAAGAACUCCGGAAAUAUCGAUCUAAAUGGUGUUCACGACCGUGAUCAACCUAGUGCGAGCCCGGGGACCGGAUGAGUUUUGGAGAAAACGAAAAAUCUUCAAGCUAGCUGCGCAUUACAUUGGGCGACCACGGAACUGCUACUCGAUAACCAUCCGAAGCGUGCAUAGAGCCCUCGCGUACGCAACCAAGGGGAGAAAGUUGAAAAAACAGGAUAUGCGAGAACUGUGGACGCAACGCAUAAACGCCGGUUGUGAACAGCAUGGCAUGCAGUAUCCGAUCUUCCAGGAGGGACUAUACCGAAAUGACGUCUUAUUAAAUCGGAAAGUCCUGGCAGAUCUGGCCAUUUGGGAACCGAGAACUUUCGAAGCACUUGCCCUCAUUAGUCAGACGGUUCCAGAAGGGGAUGGAGAUGCCUCAUCAAAUAAAUAAUUAAAUAACAUGUCAUUAAAGAGUAGUUAAAACAAUCA